AUGGACCAGCACAACCACGGCCAAGCUCCCGCACACCGCGGCGGCCGCAGCAGCGAGGGGGGCGAGCCGACCACGACACGGUCCCGGUGGGCGCCCAAGCCGGAGCAGAUCCUGAUCCUGGAGUCCAUCUUCAACAGCGGUAUGGUGAACCCGGCCAAGGACGAGACGGCGCGCAUCCGGCUCCUCCUCGAGCGCUUCGGCGCCGUCCGUGACGCCAACGUGUUCUACUGGUUCCAGAACCGCCGCUCCCGCUCCCGCCGCCGUGCACGCCAGCUCCAGCAGUCUUGCGGCGGCACUGGGGACGCGGACCAGCUCUCCUCCAACGCAGCCGCGGCCGGCCACGGCUGCCACGGCAUCGGCACCUCUCCCUACAACACCAUGCAGUACGGGCAGCUGUGCGGCGGCGUGUCGGCGGCCGCGGCCGCGGUCACCGGGCCUCCCCGUUUCUCGGUAGACGACGCCGACAGCGGAGACGAUCUUUUCGCCAUCCCCCGGCAAAUGGGCCUCAUGUCACGCGGUGGCGAAGACCAGUAUGGCUACACGGCUACCGACGCAUCGCAACUAAGCUACCAAGCAACUGUUCCUGGGACGACGAUGCCGGUGUUCAUCAAUGGCAGUGUGUAUGAGGUGCCGAGCACCGGCGUGUUGGACGUGGCAGGCACAUUCGGGAGUGAUGUGAUUCUGGUGCACUCCUCCGGCGAGAUCCUCCCGGUGAACGAGCGCGGCGUGCUCAUGAAGAGCCUGCAGAUGGGGGAAUGUUAUUACCUGGUAAUUAUUCACUUCUUGUCUAGCCAAUGUCAAUUGGUUCUAAUCUUCUACCCCUCUCCAAGUCUCUAA